AAAGUGGGCGUUUCAGGAAGAAAGUGUUUUGCAACUGCUGUGCGGGUGUUACAUACCUUCCAGAGGCUUUACUGGUGUAUAUCUUUGUCAGUUUUUCGCGAACUGUAAAGCUUUAUCUUUUUUAAACCUCAGGUGUAGAUCAUGGCAAAAGUUGACCUUGCUAAAGUUGGGAAGAAUGUGGUGAAAAGUGCUGACAGCGGAGAGAAUGUGGAGCUCCAGUCUCUGUGGCAGGAACAGCCGGUGGUCUUGUUCUUCCUGCGAAGGUUCGGUUGCCAGGUGUGCCGAUGGAUGGCGUCCGAAAUCAGCAAACUGGAGCCAGACCUGAGGGCCAGUGGUGUGUCGUUGGUGGGGGUCGGACCAGAAGAAGUUGGACUGCAGGAGUUUAAGGAAGGAGGCUUUUUUAAAGGAUCUAUUUACGUCGACGACCAGAAGAGAUGUUACAAGGAUUUGGGUUUUAAACGGUACACAGCCAUAAGUGUCGUCCCUGCUGCUUUGGGGAAGAAAGUCCGGGACAUAUCCUCAAAGGCGAGUGCUGAGGGAAUCCAGGGAAACUUCUCUGGAGAUUUGCUCCAAAGUGGAGGCAUGCUCAUCGUGGCGAAAGGUGGAGAAAAGGUGUUACUGCAUUUCAUUCAGGAUUCACCUGGAGACUUGGUCCCUCUUGAAGACAUCUCCAAGGCUUUGGGCAUCACUGCUUCCGUCAAAGCAGGCCAGAAGCCGGUGUGCAAUGAUGAUGUUUGCACACGAUAAUGAAGACGCUGCGAGCCUAAAGCCAAAGAAAUCCAACUGAAGUUUGAAUCACUGCUAUUUUUUACAGUCUCCUUAUUGCUUUUGUUCCAUUCUAAUGAGCAUUGUAUUUAAUAAAGGCGACACUUUCAUAAUGCUUUUUAAUAUGUGAUUUUGUAUUUCUUAAAUCAUGUAUACACUUAACUUAAUAAUUUUGAACGAUAAUAAACACUAGAAUCAAGAGUUUUGUUUAUGUGAGAAAUAAAAAUGUUUAAAUGAAAUGUAAAAAUUGAUUCAA